AUGGAUAGGAGACUUUCCUGGGAGGAGCAUAUUCAAGGUGUCUGUUGCAGGCUGAGCAGGAUCCUGUUCCUACUGAAGGGUCUGAAGAGAUCUGCUGUGAAUGCAUUUGGUGACCUGGAGGUCCAGCCUGUCAGGGGAGACUCCCAUGAGUACGGCACUCGAAACAGAUUGAGGCUGGAUCUCCCAUACUGCAGGUUGGGGAGGACGCAAUCCAGUGUGGUCUACCUGCCGGGAAAGAUUAUAAAUAAGCUGCCCAUUUCAGUGAGGAGUCUACCUGUGGCUGCCCUAAAGCAAAGGUUGAAGCACUUCUUGCAGGAGAAUCCUUUCUACUCACUUAACGAAUUCUUUGAAUGUGACAGUGCACUGGUGAGUAGAUAUUUUUGA